AGGAUCAUGAGGUCAAAGGAAGGAGAUGAUACAGAGUCUCUUUCUCUUCCUGUGGAUUUGAUAAUAGAGAUUCUUACGAAGCUGCCUCCGAGAUCGUUGUCAAGGCUCAUCUGCCUGUCAAAACUCUGGUUAUCUAUAAUCCACGGUAAAUAUUUCAACGACUUGUACCUUACUCGUUCUUCCACACGGCCACGUCUUCUUCUCCAUCGCUACUGUCAUGAUACGCGGCGUUCUCACUAUUCUUCUCUCUCGAGUGGACUGUCUCUUGGUGAUAGUAUUACUCUUCCAGGGUGUCAAAUUUCUCCACCAGUCCGUGGCUUGAUCUGUUGUGUAGAUCAUGACUCUAGUAUUGUCGUGAUUGGCAAUCCUAGCACGGGCCAGUUCCUAACUUUAACUGAUGCCAUAACUGACAAAAUCUUUUUUGGAUAUGAUCCGGUUAAUGAUCUAUAUAAAGUCCUUUCCAUGUAUUUCGUUCAUGAUAUAGAUGGAUCAGUGGUUCUUGAAAAGUCUCAAGUUCUCACUUUAGGAGGAGCUCAAGAAUCAUGGAGAGUGAUCGAAUGUAAGUAUCCGUAUUACCCAGGAACACAAGGUAUAUGCCAUAAUGGGGUUGUUUACUAUGGAGCGUGGUCUAACCUCACUGACAGAAGAUCUGUAGUAGUGGGCUUUGAUUUGAGAUCUGAAGAGUUCAGUCUUAUUACAUUACCUGAGGAUGUUCAAAUCGUAUCACGUUUUGAGUCUGAUUUGGUGCGCUACAACGGAAAGAUAGCCUUAGUAAAUGUUUCACUGACCCGUAAAUUCGACCUAUGGGUUCUAAUGGAUGUCAAAAAACAUGAGUGGUCAAAAUAUUCUGUCGUUGCUCCUACUUGUGACUUCUUCCGUUGCAGGGGUACUAUUGAAACCGGAGAGCUAAUAUUUGAACAAUUAUAUUUUGGUGACCAGUUUUCAAUUCUCUAUUACGAUCCCAAACAAGACAAGGCUAGAAGAGUUGACCUCGAAAGAAGUGGAGAUACUACGUCUAGUGGUAGGAAAUUAUUCGUGGAUCACGUAGAGAGUCCUAUGUUUCUUCCAAGGAAGUUUAUCCAUUGAUGGCUAGU